CAUGCGAAGUCCAAAAGUCCUAUUUAAUUUUUUAUUGUUUUAGUUCGCCAUGGCUGUUUCUAAUUGUCCCCAAUGCAGUAAAACGUUCACCAGUGAACAUAAACUGGAUGCUCACAGAAAAGAAAAACAUGUCGAUCGUGCGUUUGCAACUUGUUAUGACAACACCGAGCUUUGCCUCAUCCGUUACAAUGGCCACUUCCGAUGCCUUUGUGACCACAGUCGCUCAUUUGAGACUUUAAGCGGGUUGUCUAAACACGUACGAAACAAAAAUUGCAAAGUUAUAAAGGCCAUUUCGUUUAGUCAUUUACUAUUGCACGACACUGACAGUAACGAAGAGGGAAUAUUCAGUGAAGAAGAGUUCGAAGCAAAUCACAACGUCAUCAUACCAAAAUUACAUAUUCCUGUGCCGGACUUUUCUGCUGAGGAUUUGACUAUGAUGAAUAAACGUGACUACAACAACGCGUUCCUGAAUGCUUGUCAAGCAGCAGAUUGGGACAAUCGCGAAAAGAAACGUCUGCUAACCAUCAUGGACACGUAUGAUUUACAGCCUAUUGCAUUGAUCAACGAUGGUGAUGUCGAAUACAAUGCACUUACACACGAGAAAAAUCUACAUGCUUUCAAAAAUGACAGAAUGAAAGUGUACCCCUUAGUUCCGAAACAAAGCGCAUUUGAAGGGGCAAAAACGAUCCAGACAGCACCUAUAUCCCUUCACAGUGCCAUCAGUACUGGACCACUUUAUUUGCGACAACACAUCAUGAAUUGCACCUAUAUUGAACUUACAAAUGAUAUGGCUAUGUUUUUAAACCAAGAUUGGUCAAUCCACAAAAGUAUGAGGUAUGCUUGUAGCCGAGCUUUGGCAGGAUCGAUCUUAUUAAAUGAAUCUACUGGGAAAGCGCUGCUUGUGAAUUGUGUCGAGGUGUUUGGUCGAAGAAGAACUUUGGAUGCUCAUCGAGAAUCAUUUCGAACAAAAAAUGGGGGAUCAAUGUGUACCUCAAUUCCUCCCGAAGGCGCAAAAUACAAAAACGUAUACCCCACAACAAUAAUGGAUGCGGGUGGCACGAAACUUGUAAUUGGAACAAAAACGUUUAAUGCAUUAAUCACUUCAAGUCUGCGUUUAGAUGGCCCUUUCGACCCAGAAGUCGGACCAAGCGUCAUGUCCUUUGACCUGAAAGACAGUUCCAAAGCAAAAACUACCACCAUCUUCGUCAAGGAAUCGGCUUGGAAAGAAGCAGCUGAAAUUGCUCAAGACAACAACGCAGCAUCCAUUGCUUCCUAUGAUUUAAUCUACCAAUUACGCCAACUGCGAACUCGCUUUCACCAGCAAUCAACCUACUUUCUUUGUCGAGCAAGCAACGAGACAGUAGAUAAUUUGGUGACUAGACCAUAUACUAUCUAUACUCUCGCAGAAUGGGAUAAUGGCAAUGACAAUGCGGAUUACCGUACUGCAUCCAAGCUCUUCCAAACAGUCGCAAUCAAUGUAAUAGGUGGAAACCCUCGUUUAGAAAAAUGCACUAUAUCCUCGUUAUGCAGCGAAUUGAAGGCAGAGGGAACUGCUGUACACCAUAUUUUUCAAUCGAUUUCUACUCAAUUCUCCGAUGAUACUACCUUCAUUACCAUCAUCGGCAACAAUUCUUUAAACCACGAACUCCAAAAGCUGGCCAAUCUUUUAGCACCUGCGAUUACUAAGGCAAAUCAAUCAGUCAAGCAAGCCGUCCUUCAGGCUUACGCUCGUUAAAACUGCCAUCA